AUGGCAACCUUUCUGGCGAGAGGGAUGAUCGUUAACCGAUCUAGAACGCUCCUCCUUGGGAUUACAAAUUCUAGACUUUCUAGUUCAGGUAUGCUCGUUGCUAGGGCUUUUUCCUCCUCCAUCAUUCCAAUCACAGCAACUCUCUUACAUGGUGAUGGUAUCGGUCCCGAAAUCGCUGAAUCUGUCAAACAGGUGUUCAAUGUCGCUGAGGCUCCCAUUGAAUGGGAAGAACAUUAUCUUUGUACAUUAAAAGAUCCUAGGACUCAGAGUUUCCUUACAUGGGAGUGUCUCGAGUCUGUGCGCAGGAACAAGGUUGGUUUGAAAGGGCCAAUGGAAAUGUCAUUGCCAUUGUCAAGUCCAAGAGGUCAUAGUAUUAUUAUAAAAGAGAUAAAAUUUUAUGCUAAAGUAAGGCAUUUCUUUAGUUUUCCUGGCUACACAACCCGUUACGAUAACGUUGAUCUCAUAACCAUCCGUGAAAACACACAAGGAGAGUACAAUGGGAUUGAACAUGAGGUUGUUAAAGGUGUGGUGCAAAGUCUUAAUAUUAUUACACGUGAGGCGAGUUUGAGGAUUGCAGAGUAUGCAUUUCACUAUGCUAAGACUCAGGGGAGAAAGAAAGUUUCUGCAAUUCACAAAGCUAACGUCAUGCAAAAAACUAAUGGUCUUUUUCUCAAGUGUUGUCAAGAGGUUGCUAAUAAGUAUCCUGAUGUAAUAUAUGAGGAGGUUGUGGUUGAAAAUUGUUGCAUGAUGCUUGUGAAUAACCCAUCACGAUUUGAUGUAUUGGUUAUGCCGAGUUUCUACUACGGAGACAUUAUUAGUAAUUUAUGUGCCGGAUUGGUUGGUGGACUUAAUUUGAUCCCAUGCUGUAGUAUUGGAGAGGACGGUGUUGCUCUAGCUGAAGUUGUUCAUGAUUCGAUGCCUGAUCUUACAGGAAAGAACUUGGCGAAUCCCACUGCUAUGAUUUUGAGUGGGGUUAUGAUGCUGCGUCACCUCGAACUCAAUGAGAAAGCAGAGCAAAUUCACAAAGCCGUUGUCGACACAAUAGCAGAGGGCAAGCAUCGAACUGUUGACCUAGGAGGUACCUCAACCACAACGGAGUUCACAAAUGCCAUAUGUGAUCACCUAUUAUACCAAUGA